GAGAGAGAUAUCCAGCGUGUGCGCGUGACCAGUGGUGCGCGCUCCCGCCUUGUGACUUCUGUACCGGUGAAUCGGGACUUCUUGUUCACUCCCUCACGCUCCGUGUAUUUCUAUUUAUUUAUUUAUUUACGCGUGACGACAGGCACGCGCUGGGGGGGAAGAAAAAAAAAGUCAAAGAAAUAAAAAAAGUCAACCUUGGAAGUGAAGUAAAGCCAAGUCGCGCGCAGAAACGGUGCCGGUUAUGUAACUUGGCGCUCGCGAGUGAAACGGGUCAGACGCUGAGAAGCUUCGGUGUGUGUCAGUGUGUGCGUCUCGCGCUCCGGUCCUUCCGCUUCUGCGACUGACCUCCCUGGAAAUACGAAAGUAGCCGCCAGAGAUGUUAGCAUCCCAAAGUCACAUACAUAAGCUAACCGUUUCCAGAUGAUCAGCUAACCAUUAGCAUGGAAACCUCAGCCAGGUGGUGAGGACAAGUCAAGCAAACGAAGCUACCUACUAGCCGUCACUGGUUUGGUGAAGGAGGAGACCUGCUAGCUCCAAGAGUGCUAGUGUGGGAGGUGUACCAGUUUUAGUGGACGUUUGAGUGCUGUGAACUCGCAAAUGGGAAACUACAGCCUCCAUAGACGGCCUGGAUAGGAGAGGGAGUGAGCAUGGACAAGCUUUCCGAAUUUGGUGUCCUUUGUCCGUCCAGCAGGAGGGAAUGGGAAACCAGCAGCUGUGUGGAUGAUUUUAUGGACGAAGAUGAGAAAGACAGGGCUAAAAGGGCAUCCCGGAAUAAAUCCGAGAAGAAAAGGCGAGACCAGUUCAAUGUGCUCAUUAAGGAGCUGUGCACAAUGCUGCAGGGCCAAGGCCACCCACGCAAAAUGGACAAGUCCACCAUCCUGCAGAGGACCAUCAACUUCUUGCAAAAGCAAAAAGAGAUUACGGCACAGACGGAGACCUGUGAGAUUCAGCAGGACUGGAAGCCUUCUUUUCUCAGCAACGAGGAAUUUACCCAGUUGAUGCUGGAGGCAAUGGAUGGUUUCCUGAUUGCACUUAGGCUGGACGGGAACAUCAUCUACGUAUCUGACAGCGUCUCCUCUCUCAUCGGGCAUUUACCAUCAGACAUGGUGGACCAAAACAUCCUGAAUUUCCUGCCUGAGCGUGAACAUGCCGAGGUCUACAAACUGCUCUCAGCACACCUGCUCAUGAGCGAGCACAUCAGCACGGACUACCUGGAGGGCAAUGAGACCCAUGUCGAGUUCUGCUGCCACUUAGUCCGAGGGAACAUUGACCCGAAAGACGCGCCCACGUACGAGUAUGUCAAAUUCGUCGGAGACUUCAAGUUCCAGAACAGUGUGGCUGCUUCAUCAUGUAACGGCUACGAGCUGAUGUUUCCCCGUCCGCUGCAGACCUCACUGGAGGAGCAGAUGUGUUUAGUGGCUGCAGUUAGACUGGUCACACCACAGUUCCUAAAGGACUUGUGUAGCGUGGAAGACCCAUGCGAUGAAUUCACAUCGAGACACAGCCUAGAGUGGAAGUUCCUCUUUUUAGACCACAGGGCCUCCCCCAUCAUCGGCUACCUGCCGUUCGAGGUGUUGGGGACGUCGGGAUACGAUUAUUAUCACGUGGAUGAUCUGGAGCUCAUCGCUCAGUGCCACAAGCAGCUGAUGCAGUGUGGGAAGGGGAAGUCGUGCUAUUAUCGCUUCCUGACUAAAGGGCAGCAGUGGAUCUGGCUGCAGACGCACUACUACAUCACCUACCACCAGUGGAACUCCAAACCCGAGUUCAUCGUCUGUACACACACUGUGGUCAGUUAUGCUGAGGUUCGUGCUGAGAGGAGGAGAGAGUACGGGCUGGAGGAGAGCGCUGAUAUUUGCACCACCUCAGUAAAGGGGCAGGAGGUGUGCCUGGAUGUGUGCGCUCCUAUGGAUGCACCGCGAGACAGAAUCAGCAGCGCUCGAUCAGCUUCUUCACACAGUUCACACAAAUCCACACACACUGCACCGUCUGACUCGGCGUCAAACUCUUCGGUCCGGUAUAAAGAAAGCUGCACGUCGUCACGGCAGUCGGCGUCUAUAGCAACCGAGAACUCCAACAGGCUGAGCCACGGAACCUCAAAGACCCUGAUUCAGAGACAGGCCUCACUGGAGCCCCUCCCCCCCUCCCCCUCCUGCAGCCAAGCCUCAGUCAUGCACCAGGCUGUGUGUGCAGGUCUUCCUCAGCCUCAGUUAGGAGUGAUGCACCAGCUGACGGAGCACCUGGAGAAGCGGAGACUCAUCCUGCAGCACGACAUCAAAACCCAGCAACAGGAACUCCAUCACAUCAAAGAGAAACUAGAGCUCACUAACCUGCAGAUGUUGCUGCAGCAGCCUGUGCAUGUGGAUUUUCCUCAGCAGGCUUCAGCUCCAAACAGCCAGUCAGGAGUCCUUCACCACAACAACACACAACACCCCAAACCCCCACACUGCACACCGCACACAGCCUCGUCUCACACACUGCACCGAGAGCAGCCCAGCAGCUCCACCACGCAGCAGAGGCUGGUGCAGAUGCAGAGCAUGUGUGUCCCGGUCCAAACACACACCAGCCUGACGAUGCCGCUCUACAGCAACCCCAUGAUGUUCUCGCCGAACCAGGGAUACCGCAACACACUGGACACACACACACACCAUGCUCAACACACCCACCGGCAAACAGAUACAGACAACGGGCCUGGCGGACAGCUACGGAUGUUGUUAAACCAGCCGGUGCAGAAUCUGGUUCCAGACAGCAGUGGAACACCGACAUCACACUUCAGCACCACCAUCCAUCAAACCAAAUAUUUGGACCAGCAGAUGAUGGCCCCCUCUUUCCCGGUGCAGCAGGUCAGCUGUAAUGCCGUUCUAGUCCCCUCCCCUGUGUUCACGUCACCAAUCGUGAUCACCCACAACAGUUUCAUCACUCCUCGGGCCCCGCCCACCUACACGCCCAACCCCCAGAACACUCAGCAGGGCCUGCACAUCCAACAACAUCAGCAGUUCUUUCAGAUGCAGCCGCAGGGUCUCAUUCAGAGCGGCCCCAGUCAGGCCUUUUUCCACACAACCAACAUCCAGCCGCAAAGCACUGUGGGAUACAUUCAGCAACAACAACCGCAACAACAGCAGCAGCAGCAGCACCUUCAUUCCCAGCCUUCAGCAAGCAGCCUAUCAGAUUACAGAAACAUCCUUCCACGGUAGCCCCACCCCUCUGUGGGAGGGCCAGAAAGGCUGCCAGGACAGCGCAUGGAGCGGUUAGCUCUGUGGCCCGACAGGAAAGGAUGCUGGGAAGGCAGAGCACGUGAAAUUCACCGCCAAGCCUAAAGAAACACCAAAGCCAAAAUCCCUCUGUGCCACGAAAACGGAUGUAGAACGUGGCGAGUUGUGAAACUCCGCCCCCCCAGACACUGCACACAAAGAAUAUUGUUGCUGUGGGAGGGGGGCUAGCUAGAGGUCACAGGAAAAGCCAUGCCCCCCAACCCCUGACACUCAACAGAAGUGUCUUGAGGUAACUGGUGCACUGAAGAGAGAAUCUUCAGGAUGACCUGGAAGAAGAAUAAAAAAAAAAAUGCGCUUUUGGAAAACCUGACGUUUUAUAAAUUAUGUGUUUGUGUCGUUUUUUUUCUGUCAUUUCUUUUUUCAUACGGUUACGAUGACGGUUAUGGCAUUAUCAGGUUUGUGCUCAACAUUAUUGCAAAUGAAUAUAAAGAAAACCGUGAUGUUAGCUGGGAACUGUUCACCUUUGAUAAAUGUUGCGAUUUUACAGCAACAGGAAGUGACGUGAAAUGAAGUGGGUGGGGCUGAGCGACCCUACAAAGUCUGGUGCGGUUUAUCCUUACGCGCACGAGAAACAAAUACGGCAAAAACACUACGAAAGAGUACGAUUUAAGAUGUUUCAUAUAAAGAUGUAAAUGUGUUCAAGCGGUUAGCAUGAACCGCAGCACGUCAGCGCCCGUGUUGGUUUGGAGUAGCCGGUUAUGUACGUUUAAAAAGUAUUUAUUGAACCUGAGAAUUUUAGCUGCUUUGAAUGUAUAAUGAUUUUUGAGUGUCGAAAAAACAAACGCAGAUGAAACAGGCCAGUGAACAUGGUAGGUGCUGUGAGGAAAACCGUAGCAACCAGCGCUAAUCUCAAAGAAACUAGCGACAGUUAGCGACGUGAGGCGACAAAUGAAGGUAAGGAAAACUCGGCGUAGAAAAAAAAACCCCACAGGGUUAGCGUUGGAAAAAGAGUACAAUUUAUAAUUAGCUGAUUUUUAAGCAGGAAAACUCGAGUCAAGGAUGAAUAUUUACAGUACUGUUCAUGAAAUUCCUUCAUUUAUGCCAACAGAAAAAAAGAAACUAUAUUAAAAAUAUAUGAACGCAGCUAUGAGACCAACCUGACAUGUCAUUUCAUUGUGUUUCGUUCUUUUCCUCUGUACAUGAGGCUCAGGCUUCAGCUGGGGUUUCCUGGAUCAAUAAAAAGCGGAUGAUGAAUUAAACUGAAGGGGAAUUAGGUCAUGCU